AUGGCUUUCAGGCGCUCACGCAACCAUUCUGUGGGUCUUCGUGGACGCCGGUCAGUCUCUGCUCAUGCCCAUCCUUCAAGUGCACCCAAAAGAAGUCGUAGUCGUUACGAAGGUGGUGCAUCUGCACCUGCCAAUGAGAAUGAGGAAACUCGUGAUUCACCGCUUCCGCCGAAACGAUCUCGAGAAACUACGGAAGAGAUCACAACUACUACAACCGUGACCAUUGAUCCAAGCCGUAAGAAGCCAUCUCAGGCAAAAGUGACCAUUAGAAGAAGCAUGAAUAGGAGCAUGUCAGCGAACGACAUCCUUAAUCAGGAAAAGGUCACUCCUGGUGGUCCAAGAACGCCGUUUGUACCUCGAACGACCAGCACACUGGAGCUCCGCACCCCUCGAAAUGUAGGAUCGUGGACCAAUGGAAAACCGAUUGAAACUCGUCCCCAUCGAUUCCAGCCGCUUUCUACAUAUUUUAAGAUAACCUCUUGUGAUGUCUGCCAUGGUGGCAUCAACUUUGCUGCAAAGCCUGCUUACAAAUGCUCUGAUUGUCUUCAGCUUGCCCAUGUUUCCUGUUCAUCGCGGCUUUUGCUACCAUGUGUGCCUCGCUCAAUGAUAUUCCCGCGCACACCAAGCAAAAGGAAUGUGCAGAUCUAUCAGCUACAGGAAUUCUGUCCUUCAACACCACCUAUGAUUGCGUAUCCUAUCAUUCACUGCAUCGUGGAUCUAGAAAACCGCGGUUUGAGUCGAGAGGGUAUCUAUCGAGUCCCUGGAAGAAAGGAUCAUGUGCAAAGUGUCUUGAAUGAGCUACGAACAUCACGUGGUAUCCCUAAGUUACAUAUCCAAGAAACUGAAGUUGUAGCCGAUGUCGUCAAAGCCUUUCUUAGAGAUCUUCGAGAUCCACUCAUACCUAAGUCAUCUCGAGAGGAGUUUGUCCGUGCUGCUCAAACAGACAACAUCUUAGCGUUGAAUGUAGCAAUUUGUGAUCUGCCGCAACCGAACAGAGACACACUUUCUUAUUUGAUGCUUCACUUGCAAAAGAUCGAGGCGCUGAAAGAAUUGAACAAAAUGACCUUCGAGAACAUUGCACGUUGUAUGGCUGUGGCAAUCAUGGGACAACCAGCUCGAGAACGCGAUAUUCAAUUGGCUGCUGACCUUGCUAGGGAGAAGGAACGUUCUGUACUGCAAAUGUUAAAAAUGUCGGAGGAUUAUUGGCGCCAGUUUUUGGAACCAGGUGAUGCCCGGCCUGAAGCCAGUGGAAAAGGACGAACGCCAGCAGCUCCAACUACACCAUUUGCGCCGUCUUGCGUAGAUAGAAGUAUGCUAGGCCCUGUUACCGUAUCGCCAGCCGCGCCGAAUCUUCUGAGACCAAUUCCGAGACGUCCACAGAAGUUCUUUGAUAGCCCUAUGUAAUUCUUCUAA